AUGUCUGACGUUCAAGGAGACCAAACUGCUGAUAAUCAAUCGGCAUCUCCAUUAGAGAAUGAAUCUCAUUCCAUUACAUCUACUCCAUCUAAUAAAGCUGAAAGAGAUGAUCAAAAAGAUUUUACAUCGGAUCUCGAACCUGCUGAUGAAGGUAUGGAUAUUCCAAAGAAACCUUCUUCUGCUUAUGUCACUGUCUCAAUCAUGUGUAUUAUGGUUGCCUUCGGUGGCUUCGUUUUUGGUUGGGAUACCGGUACUAUUUCUGGUUUCGUUGCUCAAACUGAUUUCUUGAGAAGAUUUGGUCAAAAGCAUCAUGAUGGUACUCAUUACUUAUCUAAGGUUAGAAUGGGUUUAAUUGUCUCUAUUUUUAAUAUCGGUUGCGCCAUCGGUGGUAUUAUUUUAUCUAAAGCCGGUGAUAUGUAUGGUCGUAAAAUGGGUUUAAUUAUCGUUGUUAUUAUUUACAUUGUUGGUAUUGUGAUUCAAAUUGCAUCCGUUAAAGCUUGGUAUCAAUAUUUCAUUGGUAGAAUUAUCUCUGGUUUAGGUGUUGGUGGUAUUGCUGUCUUGUCUCCUAUGUUGAUUUCAGAGGUUUCACCAAAACAUUUAAGAGGUACUUUGGUCGCCUGUUACCAAUUGAUGAUUACUUUAGGUAUUUUCUUAGGUUACUGUACUAAUUACGGUACAAAGAAUUAUUCCAACUCCGUCCAAUGGAGAGUUCCAUUAGGUUUAUGUUUUGCUUGGGCCUUAUUUAUGAUUGGAGGUAUGACAUUUGUUCCAGAAUCCCCAAGAUACUUAGUUGAAGUUGGUAAGAUUGAUGAAGCCAAAAGAUCUAUUUCCAUUUCUAACAAGGUUGGUAUUGACGAUCCUUCUGUGAUUGCUGAAGUUGAAGUUGUUCAAGCUGGUGUUGAAGCUGAAAAAUUAGCAGGUAAUGCUUCAUGGGGUGAAUUAUUCCAAACCAAGAAUAAGAUUUUCCAACGUUUAAUUAUGGGUUGUGUGAUUCAAUGUCUACAACAGUUGACUGGUGAUAAUUAUUUCUUCUAUUAUGGUACUAUUGUCUUCAAGUCUGUUGGUUUAGAGGAUUCUUUCCAAACAUCUAUUAUUAUUGGUGUCGUUAAUUUUGCUUCUACAUUUGUUGGUAUUUAUGUUGUUGAAAGAUUCGGUCGUCGUAGGUGUUUAUUAUGGGGUGCAGCUACAAUGACUGCUUGUAUGGUUGUUUACGCUUCUGUUGGUGUCACAAGAUUGUGGCCUCAUGGUCAAGGUAAUGGAUCCUCUAAGGGUGCCGGUAACUGUAUGAUUUGUUUCACAUGUUUCUACAUUUUCUGUUUCGCUACCACUUGGGCUCCAAUUCCAUUCGUUGUUAACUCAGAAACUUUCCCAUUAAGAGUGAAAUCUAAGUGUAUGUCCGUUGCUCAAGCUUGUAAUUGGUUAUGGGGUUUCUUGAUUAGUUUCUUUACACCAUUUAUUACCGGUGCCAUUAACUUUUACUACGGUUAUGUUUUCAUGGGCUGUCUAUGCUUCUCAUUCUUUUACGUUUUCUUCUUUAUCCCAGAAACUAAAGGGUUAACCCUAGAAGAAGUCAACACCAUGUGGGAAGAAGGUGUUUUGCCAUGGAAAUCUACUUCUUGGGUCCCACCAUCUAAGAGAGGUGCUGACUAUGACGCUGCUGCCUUAGCUCAAGAUGACAAGCCAAUGUUCAAGAGAAUGUUUGCCAGAGAUUAA